AUGGCUUCAUCAAAUCCAGCAGCUAAGGACUCUACAGCUGAGUUCCAGUUCAUCGCUAUCCAGGGCCCAGAUGACGUAAAAGAUCGCGCCCAACGGCGUGUGGCCCGCUCACACGCCGUAAAGCAAGCCCUGGGGAGAAAGCGAAAGAUGCAGGAAGAAUCAAAAGAUAAUUUCUGUCCAAUGAGCUUGAAAGAUCGCCCGAAGAAACCUAGAAAACAAGGACCAGUACAGCAGAUGAACACCGGGACUCCGGCCGGAGUUCCGGCCGGGCCACUCUGUCGCCUGUCUGCAGGCACACUCGAUCCUUUCCAGGCAUUUGCAGUGGAUAUGUCAAGACUGCAGGUUCUUCUUGGUGACUACAGAGCUAGGCAGGCUCCCGAGCCGGUCUUUAGCAUCGCAGAAGAGCUUUCAUUUCAAGAUUUCAAGUCAGUGUUUCGAACUGGAUUUGGCGAUCCUGCCCUUCUGAAUGCGGUUAUGCUCUCACUCGCCUUUGCGGCAACUGGUGGUAGUAUUGACUUGGAGUGUCUCGGGUACCAGAGUCAGGCAAUCAGCCAGAUACGUCAAAGGAUGAACCGUCUGGGCGAGGCUGCUACAGAAACUACCAUUGGAACGAUAUUGCUGCUAGCUGGGGUAGAGGCCCGGCUGGGUAUGAAGUCUCAGGUCCAGCUGCACAUGGGGGCAGUGCAGGGGCUGCUCAAGAUGUGUCGAGCAGAUGGCAUUUACCUGACGCCAGGAAUUAAACGGGCCAUCUUUUGGCAAGACUUGAACUCGUCAAUCUUGACAGGAUCCCGCCGUAUAUACGACCAUACGACUUUCUCCGAACUUCAAUGGACAAGGGACUCGUUCAUCCCACACUUCUUUCGACUGCCAAUUGGAUUCCAAACGCGGUCUGACUUGUUCACCAAAGAGUUUAUCCAAGUGCUUGAAGAUUUACAUGCAUUAAAGUGCAUCCGAGACGUUCCUCAUUAUACCAGGGGCGAUCCAAUGCUAAUGUCGUAUAUCAACAACCACACAGCGUCCAUCCAGUCUAGGUUAAUGUCGCUGCAAGACGUUUCUCCAGUGCAAGAAUGCUGCUGCCUUGCGGCGUACAAUUGCUCGGUUAUGCUAUGCUGUACGCUUUGGUGUGCCCUAGUUGUUCCUUCUCAUAUCUCAUCUCAGCUCCUAGUCAAACUACAACAAACGAGCAACGACCUCGUAUGGGAUGAGCAUCCGGAACUCCUAGUCUGGCUGAUAUAUAUAGGAGGAGCAUUUGCCCCAGCAGGGACUGUACGCUCGGAGUAUGUCAGUCUACUACGCCAAAUGAACUCUACUAGGUUCCGGAGCCUAUAUCGAUCAUGGCCGGAGCUCCUCGAUAUUUUGAAGCAGUUUAUUUGGUCAGACAAGGCAUUUCUGUCGCCAGUGAAGGCGCUGUGGGACGAAGCCAUAGUCUAG